AGAAGACCCACGCGUUUCAACCUUCGGCGCGUUUUUUGGUUGUUACGGAGAAUGUUUUCCUUCAGUUUUCCAAGUCAUCCUUUUAGUUCUCCACACUUAUUCAUCAGAAUUGUAAUACUUCUUUUGGUUUCCUCUGCUUUUAUUUUAUCGGACGACCUAAAGCCAAAGAGGAAAAGUGACAAUGCUCGUGUACCAAUAACUGAAGAUAAAAAUAAGAUCAAAAGCAAUUUAGAGCAUUUCGAUGAUCCGGAAACUGUUGAAAGAUUCCUACGUAAUCUUCUCGAACCAGAUCUAUUGUUCCCUCAAAUUCCAAAGGAUAGGGAUGAUGUAAGCGUUGACUCAAAAUCGCAAAAUGACCCACCUGAUUCAGAUAUAAAGGAUGAAGACCAAGAGUUAGUAGAUGAAUCUGAACAUGAUUUAACUACUCACGAUGUCUCUACCCCACAAAGCGUUCCAUCGGUUAGUGAUAAAAACACGGCCGAAAGAGAUCAUCCGUCUUCGGAUGAACAUGAAAAUUCAGAACCAAGUGUUGCUGAACGUUUGUAUAAAGAAGCUAUGAGUAUUUUGGAGACAGAAAAUCCUAAGACAUAUGCUGAUAAAACUGCACUGGAACUUUUGAGCGAAGCUUCCACACAAGGACACACAAAGGCAAGGGAACAGGUCGCUAUGAUGACAUUGCUUGGAGGUUAUACUUCAGAUCCUUUCCAAAGCGCUUAUACUGCAUUCGAAGAGCUGUCCAAUGAAGGAAACCCUCGCGGUCAGUUUGGUUUGGGAUUUUUGUAUGCAUCUGGAUUACACGUUAAUGCAAGUAUUCCACAUGCAUUGAUAUAUCUAACAUUUUCGGCACUUGGGGGAGAUACUUUCGCUGACAUGGCUUUAGGCUAUCGUUACUGGACCGGUGUUGGUGUUGAGGAGGAUUGUGAAGCAGCACUAACACAUUAUCAUCGCGUGGCUCAAGUUGUUUUUAAAGAAGUUUCUGAACGCUCUGAAUCUGGUGGUCCAACUCUUCUUGGACCUAUGGUCAGACGUGCUCGUCUUCUAGAUGAAAUAGAUGUAAUGGGCAGUUUAGAUGGUGGUGAUCUCACAAUUAGUGAAGACCUGUUCCAGUAUUAUCAGUUUAUGGCUUACAAAAAGAAUGUUAGUGCCAUGGUUGGAUUGGGUCAAUUAUAUUAUUAUGGUAGACAUGGUGUUGAAAUGAAUCAUGAAAAAGCUUUUUAUUACUUCAAUCUGGCUGCUGAAUCUGGAAGCGCCAUAGCUAUGGCUUAUUUAGGCGAGAUGUACAUGGUUGGUAGCACAGCUGUACCUGCCGAUUCAAUGAAAGCCUUGAAAUAUUUACGUAAAUCGGCUGAGGAGAAUAAUCCAAUUGGGCAAACAGGUUUAGCGUUGGCCUACCUAUAUGGCCGAGCCGGUUUGCCAGUUAAACCAGUCAUCGCAAUGGAGUUAUUUCUAAAGGCUGCAGAUCAAGGCUGGCCUGAAGCUCAGUUACAUCUUGGUCGUUUAUUUUUAGGUAACGGUACUCAUGGAAUAAAAACUGACCACAAAUUGGCUUUAAAGUAUUUCACUAUGGCGUCACAACAGGGUAAUGUAAUGGCUUUCUAUCAUUUAGCUGAGAUGCAUGCCAAAGGUACCGGAGUGUUACGAUCCUGUAGCACGGCUGCCGAAGUAAGUGAAUGA